AAAUGGUAUUUGUUAUUCGUUUAGUCACCAGACGUACAGGUAGAUGGAAAUUAGUGAAGUUAAAACCACGAGACAGAAAACAAUAAAUGAAUUAGAACCAGAACUUUGUUCGUCUGAGUCGUUUGUGUGACGUAUUAAACCCGGUGACACCCCAGAGUGUGUGAAUUGGUUUUCCGCAUUCUACAGUGAGUGACUACGCUAAAGAUGUCGACACAGGAUGAAAAGACAGACCUUCUGCGACAGAGAAGAACGCGUAAAGGUGCAUUGACGCGAUUGCUGAACACAAUGAUGGGAACAAUCGAAGACGGGGAAGCGGAUCGUGAUGCUGUGAAGGAGCUGUUGGAGAAGAGUCAGAAAGCUUUCGAUGCAGUUGAAGCGAUUCACAAUCAGCUUACCGAUGCAGCAGACGAUGAGGAAGCCGACAUCUUUGAAACAUGGAUGGACGAGUGCCAUACUGCAUUCUGGAAGGCUCGCACUGCAGCCAUAAGUCUUGCAGAAAACUCAUAUGACCAAAAAGUGCAGUUGGUGAAGUUGAAAAGGCUGUGCUUUAGGUGUCUGGCACCAGGCCAUGUAGCAGCAAAGUGUACUAAGAAAUGGACAUGCAAGAAGUGUGGUUCAGGUAAGCACCACGAAACAGUACAUCCGCCACCAAGAUCUGAAGCAAGCCCUGACCAACAGAUAACAUCUAACUGUACGUCGAGCGGUGGACGCGUUUAUUUAAGAAUCCUACCAGUAGUUGUUACUACUUACACCGGUAUUCAGGUAAGUACCCUUGCCUUACUUGAUCAGGGUUCUGAUGCUAGCCUUUGUUCUGAAAGUCUUAGAAAACAAUUAGGUGUACGUGGCGAGAGGAUAAAGUACAAAUCCACGACUAUCAAUGGUGACAUAGAUAGAGUAGGAUUCAAAUUCGAACUUACAGUAAAAGGUAAGUACGAAGAUCAAGUUAUGCCUGUUGAUUUCCUUUCAGUCCCAAAGAUACCAGCAUCUGCUGAUAGCCGACCCAGAGUCAACGACUUAGGUAAAUGGAGUCACUUGAACAAUCUUCCCUGGGAGGACUAUGAAUUUGAUGAGGUAGGCCUAAUGAUCGGUUCAGAUGCCCCUCAGGCAUUUUGGGUGCUCGAAGAACGUAAGAGCAAACGAAAAGGAAAUAGUAAAGACCCUUAUGCCGUUAAGACUUUGCUAGGUUGGUCGGUGAUGGGACCAGGGGGUCCAGGCAGAAGAACUGUCACAAGCCACCAUAUUCAGGUAAGUAACCAAAGACUGUUGGAAGAAGUGCAAAUGUCAUGGGAAUAG